AGGGACCAAAGUUUGAGUCUGCGGACUUUGUUUUAAAAAUGACUUCCCAAAGGAGUGUGAAGUGAAGAAAUCUGUGAAUCAGAUUAGGGAUAGGAGCAUUUGCAGUGCAAUGACGCCAGUAUAGUUUGAUCAAGCUGACACAAAUAUGACAACAGUAGCCUAACAGAUGAAGCAUGAAUGAACACUGAAAGAAUAAAAUGGUCCAUGAUGAGUACUUGCAGGCGACAGAAGUCUUACCCCCGUCACUGAUCCUUUAUACCUGGUUGUGUGAGUGAAUGAUGGAUCACAUGUUUUGGACAUUUUUUCAUUCUUACAGAGGAUAGGACAGCGGUGCAUUGUGGGGUGAAAUAAGUUGCUGGGCAUGCCCGCAAGUAAAAAAUGCCGUUGCUUCUGCGUAGAUGUCACCUCAGCCAAUGAGACCCGACUUGUGUUGUGGAGGGUGGGUCUAAAACCAGGUUCUUUCUUUUCUGGAUGAGCAGGACGUAUCCUGAACCUGCACCCUUUGGGAAAGUGAUUGUUCAAUUAUUUAAGCUUCAGAAAGACGAGUAAAGUCAAAAGUCGCCACCAUGUCGGAGAAGAAAGCUGUCAUAAAGAACGCAGACAUGUCCGACGAAAUGCAGCAGGAUGCAGUGGACUGUGCCAUGCAAGCAAUGGAGAAAUAUAAUAUUGAAAAGGACAUUGCUGCUUAUGUCAAAAAGGAGUUUGACAAGAAGUACAACCCCACAUGGCACUGCAUUGUUGGAAGAAACUUUGGAAGUUAUGUUACACAUGAGACAAAGCAUUUUAUUUACUUCUACCUCGGGCAAGUGGCCAUUCUGCUCUUUAAGUCUGGCUAACAACUGAAUGUGCAGCCAGGCUUUUGAAACUGUCAGCUACACCACAGACCUACCUCUUAAGAAAUAUUUCUACAUUAUUGCCUAAAGAGGUCCGCAAAACAUACAGGGUCUCUGGAAAGCUUUUUUUUUUUCAUGUUAAUUAUAUUGAUGGUAUGUAAACUACAGAACUGGUAUUUGUUGAGAUUGUCUCAUUUUCAAUAAGCAGUUUCUUCAAACAAAAAUAUUUAUGUGCACAAUAUUGUUUCUAAUUUUGUUGUUAAAAAAAUAAAAAGCUGUAGGAAUAUAA